AUGAAAAAUGGAAAUUUAUAUCAGGGUCAAGUUCACAAUGGUUUUCUACAUGGAAGAGGUAAAUACACGUGGAAUGAAGCCGGUGUGACAUAUGUCGGCGAAUUUGUGCAAAACCAGAUUACUGGAACCGGUCGGCUUGAAUGGAGAGAUGGAGAUUAUUAUGAAGGAGAAUUUUUAAAUGGUCUCAGACAUGGAAGUGGUAGAUAUUGUCAUCAGUCUGGGAUCUCGUACGACGGACAGUGGCUUUCUGGAAAAAAGCAUGGUAAAGGUCGCUUGGAAUAUACCUCUGAUGGCACCUGCUUUUACGAAGGAGAUUGGGUGCAAGGACGUCGCCACGGAUUUGGAGUGCAUCGUUACUUAGAAGGCUCCAAAUACGAGGGGCAAUGGGCGUGCGGCGAACGCAGUGGUGAGGGCACAAUGUGGUGGAACGACCGGGACGAGGUUUACACUGGGAACUGGCUAAACGGAAAGCAGAACGGUAUGGGUACUUAUACCUGGCGUAUACUUCGGGUCAAAAGCACGCAAUACUUUCUCCCCAACAUGUACCAUGGAAAAUGGGAAGAUGGGAAACGCAACGGACUGGGUACAUUCUACUAUCCAAAUGGGUCCAGUUACGUGGGGCAAUGGAAAAAUGAUGCGAAGCAUGGUAAAGGCACGCUGAAUACCAAGGACGGGCGUGUGUUCCAGCUGCUUUUCGAGAAUGAUUUUGCAGUAGGGCCAACGAGCAACUCAGUGAACUCAGAUGGCUUGCCUGUCAGUCCGGAGUAUCCAGACACACCAAUGCCAGUACUUCCAGUUUAUUUUAACGGAACGAAAAUGACCGAACACAUUCCGGUCGAUACAUCGGACACCAAACUGCAGGAACAUACCCUUUGUCAAUAUGGCUGUGGAGUAGAAUGCAGUGGACAAGAAUUUAGAAAAAUACAGAAUUUGCUCAAUGAACACUUGCCAGCCUUGCGGUGUAUUUACAAGUACUAUGGGCAAGUUGGGACAGAGCCUUCGCCGGAUAAUACUGUCAUGCUUAAAUACGUCCAGUUUUGCCAAUUCUUCAAGGACUGCAAACUGCAUCACUAUGUUAGUCUGGCAACGAUGGAGAGCCUACUAG